UUAAAUGUUAGCAUAUAAUGGGCCGUAGGAAAUUAAAAUUAGAUAAACAGAUGCCUAUAAAACUGGCAAUCAGCAAGAUUAUGAGAUUUUAUUUUGCGAUACAAUCGACACGCAGACGUUUCAUAAACAGUUAUCAGUUAAAGAAGUAAAGCUCAAACAACUCUGUGGCACAUUGGUUUGAAAAUGCAGUUCAUAGCGAUUUUCAGUAUUGCUGCUACAAUAUCAUUUAACUGCGAAGCAUUCCUGCUGGGUAAUAGCUGCCUAGCACCGGCACCGUGUACAUGUUCAGGGUCUGGAUCUUCGUAUGCGUUUAUUAACUGCAACGGCAAAAGUCUCAAUACAAUACCACACUUCUUGAAGGCUGACAAACAUGUGUCGAUAUUAUAUGCCCAUUUGUAUAGCAACCAUUUGACCACAAUUCCAAAUUAUGCUUUCAAAAACCUGAGUACUAUUAACGCUACAUCUAUCCGUUUUCAACUCCAGUCCAACAAGAUAUCAACAAUCGAUAGAUAUGCUUUCAGUGGAAUUGAAAAUGUUACCUAUGCACUCGAUCUACAAAAUAAUAAUUUAUCUAGUAUACCGAUGGCUGUAUAUAACCUUCCUUCUCUCGCAAACUUGUACAUGAAGGGCAAUCCUCUAAACUCUCUGGAUGUAUUAACUCAGUCGAAAAUUAGUAGUACUCUUCAAAGAUUGAAUUUUGAUUUAAAUGAGUUUUCAUCUUGGCCAAAUGAGCUAAGAUUAUUACACAACUUGAAGGCUUUAAUUGUUUCCAAUAUAAACUUCACACAUCUUUCUUCCGAAGCAUUCCAAGGCUUUGAACAUUCACUCACAAUGCUUAACAUGCAGUACGCGGCCAAUUUUGAAACGAUUCCAGACGCCGUAUGUCAUCUCUCAAACUUACAAUCCUUAUCUUUAAACUUUUUCACUGGACUAAACGAAAACAGCACUUCAAUUUUCGAUCAUUGUACUAAAACAUUAAACAAAGUCAACAAUUUAGAUAUGGGGUACAAUAAGCUCACAAAAUUUCCUGAUGUAUUUCAUAUUUUUCCUUCCUUAACUAGUCUGCAGCUUUAUCAAAAUGCUCUUGAAAUUUUAGAAUCUGAAAAGAUUCCGACAAAUAAUGUCUUGUCUGAUAUAAAUCUUGGUGGCAAUAGAUUUAAAAGAAUCCCUGAUGCAUUAAACAAGUUGCAAGGUCUUACAAGUCUUGAUUUGUCAUACAAUGACAUUUCUUCUGUUGAAGAUCAUGAUCUAAGCGGGUUGGUCCAUCUUGGUACACUUUAUUUACGAUACAAUCCUAUCAAGUACAUCUCGACUCAUGCCUUUAAAAAUAACAAUGCACUCACAACAGUAGAUCUAUCUGGAACAAGCCUCAAAAGCAUCCCUUCUGCAGUAAUGUCUUUGCAAAAUUUGUCUUAUUUUGAUUUAAGGACAACAGAUCCUAUUCCAUGCACAUGUGAAAUGUCAUAUCUGAAAGGUUGGAAUGCAAUAGCUGUUCGGAAUUUUGAUGGAGAAUGUGCUUACUCCGGUGUUAAAAUUCAAAGUUUCAUCAUGUCCUCGUUACAGCAAUGUCCAUAAUGUAUUCUACUUCAGUCAACUUUUACUUUUGCAAACGCACACAUAUUUCAGUAUUAUAAGCAUAGACCGAUUAAUUAAUGAACAUUUAAAUGAGUGGAGAAAAAAUGUGCAUUGUUUUCAAUGUUUUAUGAAAACAAAACUUAUUAUUCAUAUUCCUGUAUUUGUCAAAGAAUUUAUUGUCUGCGUUUUUUUCAUUUUCGUUUGAUAUUUUUAUCAGAUUUUCCAUUAAAAUAAUACGCAAAUUAAUUCUAUGGUCUUCUAAAUUGAAAUAUGAAAAUUUCAAUCAAAUUUCGUUGCGUUAUGACUGACAUAUUCUCAUUGAGUUUUUUACCAAAUAACUGCAAUACUGUUAAAAUAUUCUUAAAGAUUAUUACCCGCUAAUACGUGCAGACACCGCGAAUGUAAGACAUUUUAGCAAAUGUUAAUUUUAACUAUUCUUGUUUUGUUAAUUAUCAUUUGGGAACACUUUAUUUUGAUUUUUGUAUCAUACUAUAUUUCACUGUGUAUACACUUUAAGCAAUAUUUUAGAAUGAAAAUGUCAAUUGUGGUGUUCUAGAGUAAAAUUGAUAAGGGAUGUUUCUGAAUUUUCACCAUCACUAUCUUAUAGAUAAUAUAUAUAUCUUUGCAAAAUAUACUUCAACAAGAUUUCGUGAUCAUUUUGCUUGUGUCCCUUUGCAGUGACGUAUAAAUAUCGUAAUGGUGAAAAUUCAGGAAUAUCACUUACAAAAUUGAUAUUUUCUUUAUUUCAAGGUAGUGGAAAUAUCAAUUUUAUUUCACUGAUAUACUCCAGCAAUUCACUUAAAAUUUAGAUAAAUCCAUAAUUAUAUGUAUAUAUUGUAAAAAUGCCUUUAAUCGUAUUUGAAUCUUUCUUGAAUCUUUUCCUUGAAAGUCCAGCAUUGGUAAAUUUGUGACGAACACUCUGUCUUUUAGUUGACAGUCCGAUGUUGGGUUUUUGAUAUGCAUGUACCAUAUAUCAAUUCUAAUUCAAAUAAAU